UCAGAUCACUUGGACGUGGCUGUGGUUACAAGAGGUAAAAACGAUAUAAAUACUGUUCGUUUUCUCACACAAACCGCUCGUUUCGUGUCUUAGGCCAUCAAUGUGUACUUACAUUUACGAGUCAUUAAAUCAUGUUUAAUUUGGACUUCUCUGUGCAUGCUCUUUGAGGUGGUGACCAUAGACCUGCAUUAUAUGACUGACAGACAAGAACGGUUUGACCUAAAAAUAUCAAAAUUGAAACUACUGCGGAAACAAAGACACCUACAUCUUGGAUGCCCUUGAGGGGUCAGAGAACACCAGAGACAAUGAGCAACAGUUCAGACCAAUCUAUAUAUACGUUUCAAAUCCUCCUCCUCCCCCCCAUGUAUGGCAUUGAGAUGUGUGUGGCUCUGCUGGGGAAUAUUUUUGCCCUGUGGCUCCUGGCGACCAAAGAGAGGCAGAACUGGCACAGUGGAGUAGUGUUCUCCUGUAACCUGGCCAUCUGUGACGUUCUUUACGUCCUGACCUUGCCUUUGCUCAUCAUUUACUAUGCCAAAAAUAAGAACUGGACCUUUGGAGAUGCUGCAUGCAAAAUCGAACGCUUCCUCUUCAACUGCAACCUCUACGUCAGCAUAUUCUUCAUCAUGUGCAUCAGCGUCAACAGAUAUGUCGCCAUAGUUUACCCAUUCUUCACCCGGAGCUACGUGCUUCCUAAACAUGCAAAGAUCGCAAGCGUGCUUACGUGGUCCAUCGUGAUCAUCGCUUCGUCACCGGUCUUCAAAUUUGCUGGAAUCUAAAUGACAAAAAACCACACUCUUUGUGUCUCAUGCCAUGAUGAAAGCCUGCAAAAUUCCCACUUUAAGUACAAGCUAUUUCUUAUGGUUGUAGGCUGCAUGAUUCCUAUGGUAGUUACCUUUGGGUCUUAUUUGGGUGUGAUUUGGACCAUUCUGAAAAAUAAAAACAUAACCACUCUAGAGAAGAGGAAAGUAGCUCUGUUGGUCUCUCUGGUCUGCAUCCUUUACGCCACGUCAUUUGUGCCCUAUCACGUUCUGCAGACGUACCACGAGUAUCUGAAGUCAGUGAAACAUACCAAACUCUGGGUGUAUAAUUCAUAUCAAGUGUCAAAAGGCCUGACCACCCUGAACAUGUGCUUACAUCCGCUUUUGUACAUGGCUGUGUUUGACAGCAUACGGACAACUUGCUGUGGAAAGAGCUCGGAUGACUAACCUUCAUACAUGAUAUCUUUUGCCAAAAUCUCAUGCAGUGACAUCCUGGAUGACGAUUUUCUGCUCAAGCUUGU